GAAUCGAUCGGUGACCAAUUUGUGCAGCGGAGGGGAGAGAGGGUUUUUUUUCCCUGUCCAUCUCUCAGAGAAAUUGGGCAUUGGAAGAAGAAGAAGGAGAGAAUAGGAAUAUGGAUCAGAUAUUGAACAAAGUGGGUUCCUAUUGGUUCAGCCAGAGGGCCAACAAGGAGAUGAACUCCGUUGGCGAUGACAUCAAUUCACUGUCAAGCAGUAUUGAAGGAGGAGCCAAAUGGAUGGUGAAUAAACUAAAAGGAAAAAUGCAAAAGCCAUUGCCAGAGCUGUUGAAGGAAUAUGACUUGCCAGUUGGAAUAUUCCCUCGUGAUGCUACGAAUUAUGAGUUUAAUGAGGAGACAAGAAAGCUUACUGUCUUCAUACAUGAAGUAUGUGAAGUUGGCUAUAAGGAUUCAUCUGUCGUGCGGUUUUCUACUGUGGUAACUGGAUAUCUGGAGAAGGGAAAGCUAUCUGACAUAGAAGGAAUGAAGACGAAGGUGAUGAUAUGGGUAAAAGUUACCAACAUAUCAUCUGAAGGAUCGAAGGUUAUUUUUACAGCUGGAAUCAAGAAAGCCAGGAGUAGAGAGGCUUAUGAGGUCCUUAGAGAUGGUAUUGGCGUUGACAAGUUUUAGAAGGAUGUUUGUCAGAUAUGAUAUGCUUGUAAGCUACAACAGAAAAAUAUAUUGUCUGAUGUCUUGUCCUCCUUGAUUGAUUACUUAUAUGUAGAAAACACCUGUUGAAUCAAAUGUUCUUUUUGUGCAUGUUUAAAUGGUUAUGAAUGUAGUAAACUACGCUUUCUCAA